UUUCCCAGAUAUUAAAUUGGGACACAAAAGAGCGACACGGAGAGGUGGCACACUGGUUACAACACUGCGCGCUCGUAUCAAGAGGAGUGGUAUUCAGAUCCCUGUCAGAAGCCCCAGAAACAUGGAGGCUUCAGAGGGUCAGCUGACUGCAGCUGAUGUAAAAGGUUGGUCACCACUGCGCUUCGCUGAAGAAACAGGAGCUUGGACGUGGGUCGAGAGAUUUCUCCAAGGUGGUAUUCCACUGAAACAUUUGGAAUCAACGAGAAGGAUGCUGAAAAGCGUCGACUCUGCAGCAGAUAUAAUUAGGACAGCAUGUGCUGCUAGCUUGUUACAGCUCCUGCAGUUUGUCCUCUCUGUCGAUUCGUCUUUGGCUAACGUCAAACUGGAUACUGAGGGGACGACUCCUUUACACGUGGCUGCAGCCCACCAACGCCUUGCAGUAGUGCGUGUGCUUUUAGACGCGGGAGCAGAUGUCGGGUCUAAGACUAACCGGGGUCGCUCAGCACUGCACACCGCGGCAGCUGUGGGUGCCGAGAAAGUCGUGCACAUCCUGCUGGAAUCUGGGGCGCGGAUGUGGGAGCUCGACCGGGAAGGUAAGAGCGCUGUGCAGCUGGCAAAGGAGGGAGGUCAUUUGGGCCUCUCCAGGGUGAUGGAAAUCCGUGGCGGCAAUGUGCAACUCGGUCUGUGGCGGAUGAUAAUAGCAGGGUCGGCAGGUGACGUGGAGGCUGUGCGGAACUUACUGCCAUUACUUCCUCCAAAGGAACCUGGGGAAUGGACAGACCUUCACUGGGCAAUGAUAAGGGGCAAUCCAAAUCUGGUGCGCACGUUCCUCGCUGCGGGGAUGGACCCGAACGUGAGCGACAGCCACGGCAACACGCCACUGCACGUAGCAGCCGCCAGGCGUCCACCGGCUGUCAGUGCCGCCCUCAUCGAUGCCGGCGCAGACAUCGACGCCGCAGAUUCCACUGGCUCCACGGCGCUGCACUACGCGGUGCGCACCGGAAAUGUGGAUACCGUUCGGCUGCUGCUGAAGUCCGGGGCUCGCCACGACGUGCGCGACAGCGACGGGAAGACGCCGCUGCACCACGCCGUCUCCAGGGGGUCGCUGGAGGCAGUGAACUCGUUGUUGGAGGCUGGAGUUCACAGGGACAAUAAGGACGCGCGCGAGGAGACGCCCUACGACCUCGCACGGAGGUUUGGCUACACUGACAUACUGCGAAUGUUGCGGCUCACGCCGUGUGCGGGAACUCCAAUGCCAGCGACGAGUCACAGCUGCUCGGACACAGCGACGUGCUGCCAGUACUGCGCCUCACAUUACGACUGA